AUGGCUCUUGAUAGCAUGUGGGCUCCCCAGGCAUCAAUCAUCGGGGAUGGGCCUGCCAAGAAAGUGGGUGAACAGGCGCCCCUACAAUCACACAUCCUCCAGACUGCCUCCUUAAAAGAUGGCCCAGCGAAGCGGGCAGUGUGGGUCCGCUGUAACCAUUCAGAGCCAGAACCUGCUAAAUUAACGACAGGCAAGGAGAAAUCCAAGCUAGUGGUGACCAAAGCAGUGGUCGUGGACCUUGGCACUGGCUCCUGCAAAUGUGGCUUUGCCGGGCUGCCGAAGCCCACCCACAUCAUCUCAUCGACAGUGGGCAAGCCCUACAUGGAGACCGCCAAAACCGGGGACAAUCGCAAGGAGACAUUCGUGGGGCGGGACCUCAUCAAUCCAGGGGUUCGUCUCAAGCUAAUUAAUCCUCUGCGGCAUGGCAUCAUCGUGGACUGGGACACAGUGCAGGAUAUCUGGGAAUAUCUCUUCCAUCAAGAGAUGAAGAUUGCCCCAGAGGAGCAUGCGGUCUUGGUUUCAGAUCCACCCCUGAGCCCACACACCAACAGAGAGAAGUACGCUGAAAUGCUGUUUGAAACCUUCAGCACUCCUGCAAUGCACAUCGCCUACCAGUCCCGCCUGUCCAUGUACUCCUACGGAAGGACCUCUGGCCUGGUGGUGGAGGUCGGCCACGGCGUGUCCUACGUGGUCCCCAUCUACGAGGGUUAUCCUUUGCCCAGCAUCACCGGACGUCUGGACUAUGCAGGCUCUGACCUGACAACCUAUUUGAUGGGCCUGAUGAAUAAUGCGGGGAAACACUUCACCGAGGACCAGAUAGGGAUUGUGGAGGACAUCAAGAAGAAAUGCUGCUUUGUGGCCCUGGACCCCAUCGAAGAGAAGAAAAUCCCAGCCACCGAGCAUACAAUUCAGUAUACUCUGCCUGACGGGCAGGUGAUAAACCUGGGCCAGGAAAGGUUCCUGUGCGCAGAAAUGUUCUUUAAGCCUUCUCUGAUCAAGUCCAUGCAGCUGGGGCUCCACACCCAGACUGUGUCCUGCCUUCACAAGUGUGACAUUGCCCUCAAGCGGGAUCUCAUGGGCAGCAUCCUGCUGUGUGGGGGGGGCACUAUGCUCAGCGGCUUCCCCAACCGCCUGCAGAAGGAGCUGAGCAGCAUGUGUCCCAACGACAAUCCGCAGGUCAACGUGCUGCCCGAAAGAGACACAGCGGUGUGGACAGGCGGCUCCAUCCUGGCCUCGCUUCAGGGCUUCCAACCCCUGUGGGUCCACCGCUCUGAGUACGAGGAACACGGGCCUUUCUUCCUCUACAGAAGGUGCUUCUGAACUCCGACCAAGCGUG